CACUGCAGUGACGGAGAUAAAGCUGGACGACUCUUCACUUUUCAGCUGCGAGAAAAGAGAAAGUGAAUCUCGACGACCGGCGCGAAGGACAGACGGCCAGCCACACUGACAAAAACUGUACUUCGAGUUGGAAACUUGCCCGCAGUACCUGCUCGAAUGACGUCAAAAAUACUUGGUGGCCCUUUCUUUUGCCAGACUGGACAAAAAAGGGGGCGCGGCAGGACCGGGUAAACAAAAUUAUGAAGUGUGCACAAAGGAGACAAGGAAUCUAAUAUAUUUCUGCAAUAUAAAAAAUGAUAUUUAAUCAAAUAUUUUUCAUUAAAAAACAAAUUAACAGCCAAUUAAAAGUAUUGGCUUAUUUGCUUUUUGUUUAUUCCAGCUAAAUUGAAAUUUUUAUAAGUUUUCAGAAUUAUCUCGUUGAUCCUCUAAAAUUCCUUUAAUGGAAAGAAUGAAAACAUGUUGGAAAACAUGUAAAACAUCAACAUUGCCGACAACAAGAAUCAACAAGAAUUGCCGAUUCCUCACUCAUCCUCGCCACUCAUCGUUUUCUUUCCACGUUGUUUUAUGACUGAAUUACUUAACAUUCAGGACUUACUAUGAAGCAAGAAACUUGGGAAAUUGAAUAAUUUAUGGGAAUAACUACAUAGGGCGUCGCAGCUUUGCAAUACAUACACAUAAUAUAUUAUGUGACACACAAUCAUGUUCUUCAUCACUCGAUUCUCAAUUGCAAAUAAUUCAUAGUUCAUUGAUUAAUUCUAAAAAUAAUGGAGCGUGGAAAUUUUCCAAAGUGUCUCUUUUGCAAAGCUCCUGUCAUCAACCAAGACGGCAGUGACCUGCUGCUGUACAACAUCGAAUUUGAAAAGCUUGCUGAAAUUUUUGCAAAAUGGAGAGGAUGGCACUUUGAAGAAGAAGAUGGAGAAACGUUAAUUGGAGAAUAUUGGUGCAUGUUCUGCGCCAUGGAUGCGAGGUUUGCUUGUGAGAAGAAUAGCUCAACACCUUCUGUCUUUCGAGAACUAAUCAUUUGGCCAUUUAGUGACACUGUCUUCAACUAUUUCAAACGUGGCUGGAUGAAGUCUUGUUCUGUGCCUUUAAAAAAGUUACGAGAUGAAGAAAUUUGUAGUCUCGGCAACUUGAAUCAUGAUUCUGACAAAGCCACUGAUAUACAAUAUCCACCAUCUUCAACUUUGAUUCGGCAGGAAAGUAAUAUUGUUGCACCUGAGGGAGAAGAUUCAUCCUUGCUUCCGUUUGACACCAUUUACUUGGAAGAGCGAUCAGUCGAUUACGACUCAUUGGUUUCUGAAAUCAAAUUAGAACCUCCAACGUCUCCAUGUCCUUCAGAGAAGAAUUUCCAAGAGUCAUUUACCUAUGAGAGCAUAAAAGAUGAAUUCUUUGAUUAUGAAGAUACCCUUGACGCUCCUGAAACUUUGAACUUAAUGAAAAGUGAAGACAAAGUAGCUGAAAAAGACAGGCCUAACUCAUCCUUACCUGAAGAUGGAAAUCAAACAAGGAGGAAAAGAGCUCCACCAAAACGCUUAGCCGACCCAAUGUUUAUUCUAGAUCAAAAGAAGGCUCGUCCAAAUACACAAUCAGAGAAAUGCAAUUAUUGCAGAGAUAAAUAUGGAUCGGAUCAUUUGUUAAGAAAAUCAUACUGCCCUGCGUGUAAGUUAUGGUUUGAGUGUGUUGGACGCCGCAACAACCACUUUCGAUCCGAGAUGUGUUUGAAGUGCCCAAUAUGCUCCAUGCAGUUUGAGAACAUUAGCCAAAUUACAAAGCAUGUUCAAAAAUUGCACUAUAGAAGAUCUCUGAAUAGAACAGGAAGUGCAUUUCAGUGCAACAUUUGCAAAGAGGAUUUGUCUUCUGAAGAACAUCGAAAAGAACACAAGCAAAAAUUCCAUACUAAUAAUGAAAUUAUGAAAGUAUGCGAAAUUUGCUGCGAAAAGUUCAGAUUCAGCCAAUUUGACCAGCAUUGGAAAAAGGAGCAUUCAAUGGCAGAUCCCUUGAUUAGUUGCAACUACUGCGUCUUCAAGACAGACUCGGAAACUGACAUUAAACAACACCACAAGAACCACGACGAUCAUACUAGUUUGCCCAUUUUCAUCUGUCAGUAUUGCACGUUCCAGUCAAACAAUUUGUCUUUUUACAACUACCACGUGUGUCCAAAGAGACCCAAAGUCGAGUGUCCCGUAUGUGGACUGCAGAUGUACUACGAGUUUUUGAAAGAGCAUUUUGACACGUCAGAAUAUAAGAAAAAGUGCCGUGCUUUUAGGCCGAGGUGCAAAACAAUUGCUGAUGUUCACCAACAGUCACUAGCCACUUGCAAGCUAUGCAAAAAAAGCUUCUGCACAAUUCAGCAUCUAGAAAGUCACACACGAACGAGUCAUGGAGCAAACGCUUGGGAGCAGCUGCCUGACCUGAAAUACAAGGACUCUGGGUUCACAUGCCGAUUCUGCGGGGCUCAUCGUGCAUGUGCUGAAAGUUUGCAGUUGCACCAGAAGAAUGUGCAUCGGGACUUAAUUCAAAGUGUUUGCGGUUUCUGUGGAAACAUCUUCAGAAACCCGAGACUGCUUCAAACUCACAUGAUCAAAGUUCACAAAUUGGAUGACGUGGGCUACCACUGCAUCACAUGCAAUUUCUUCUGUUUUGAAAAACAAGAUUUUCAAGAGCAUUUGAAGUGCAAGUUUGCGAAUAAUGAAAAGUUAAAAUCAAAUGUAGAUCCUGUCGAAAAGCACAAAUGCAAGAUCUGUAAAAAAGAUCUCACUAGUGCCUAUAGCCUCAAAUUGCACAUAGCCGCUCUACACCCUCAUGUUCAACUUCAUUGUGGAUACUGCAUGAGGAUUGACUUUGAGGACGAAUACAGAUUGCGUCUUCAUAUCUUGGUUUCUCACUUGCUUUUUAAGAUCAAAGCGUCAUCGCAUGUAAUAAAUAAUAGCGCCCGUAAGCUGCAUGAAUGCAAUUUGUGUGUGGAAUUUAUCCGGCACAAAAAUCUCAUAUCGCAUCUUGAAACUAAUCACAAAAAUGACCUCCUGAUUGAAUUCACCUGUGAGGUCUUGGAAGAAGAUAGAGAAUGGAAAUGCAAAAUUUGUGCGAAAACAUUCACUUCAUCAAAAUUCAUCCCAAGUCAUUUCUUGGGAGAGCAUUUUGGGACAGGGACGGACAAACUUUGCACUUGCAAUUUAUGUGGAGCUUUGAUGCCCGACAAAAUUGACGUGAAGGAGCAGCAUUUGUCAUGCAGCCAUACUGAAACUGCAGGUGAUCCUUUGUUCAAUCUUGCUGGAAAAUUUUUACCCUGCAGUUCUGGUCUGAGCGUGGGAACUUGUCGCAAUCGCACCAAGAGCCCAGUUAUUACGAUGAAACCUGUUCCGAAGGAAAAGAAGAGACGCCACCAGAAGUCAACUGAAGAUCCCUUUCACUUUGAGAAGCGGCGGUGCAAACUUUGCAAUAUAAAUAUGAAAUUGAUCAACGUGCCAAGACAUUUUCAACACUACCAUCGUGAUGUAUUUGAUAGAGGGGAGAUGGAGUCGAACAUCAUGUCAAGUCACACUGAUGUUUCUUACUGCCGUAUUUGCAAAACGGUGAUUGAAUUGGGAAAGCUGCAAAACCAUUUCCGCGAGAAACACUUCAUACAAUCUCCAUCAUAUUCUCUUGCCAUUGAAGAACUUAGCCGUGUCGAGCCAAUGGAGGAAGUUACACUUGAUCAAUCAAAUCUGGAACUCGAGGAAUCAUUUUCUUGUAGGGAAAUGGUUGGAUUCAAGUCAGAGUGAAAGAUGAAAGACCAUUCAAAGAGGCUUUUCAAUGAAGAUUGUACCGUACUUAGCAAUACUACUGAAAAUGAAAUCUAGCAUUUUUUUUUCUGAUGGAUUGUAAAAGGCUAACUGCCUAAUUGAAUGAAGAGCUCAUCUCUGUUUUGUAUAAUUAUGGAUUUUGUUCUAUACAUAAUUAUAAUUAAAAGAUACAAAUCAAGAUUAUUAGUUCUUUGGUCCUGUUUUCUAUGGGUAACAAAAGCUCUAGUGGAACAUAAAAAAAGUAAAAAUAUUAUUUGUUAAGUUGCAUAAAGAGUAGCUACUUAUAUUCAUGUAUAAUCAAAAAGUGAUAGU